AUGUGCAUUCGGUGGGUAUACGAGGCGAUAGACUCAGAGGUUGCAGUCCAAGUGCACUCCGGGAAUAUAGUGAAGGGAGUUCUCCGGGAGGUGGACAAGCGAGAAAAUAUGAGGGUGGAGACGCAGGAAGGAAUUGUCCUAAUUUCCAGCACGAGCAUAAAUGCAGUUGUUCUUCCCGACUUCAUAGAGCACGUAAUAGCCCACUGCAAGAGAGGGCGAAACUAG